CAGCUAUAAAUAGGAAAGUCAUGACAAUGUGCUGGACACUCGAGGUGUGGAGUGGCAACUGUCCGGUGCUCAGAGAUGUUAUUUCACUGGAAAUGGGUUGUGACCCUUCUUCUGGCCUUGGUCAGCACCAGAACCAAAGCUUCAUUUUCCCUCCACAUGGAUGAGUUCAUUGGGGUGGUAAAGCAGGUAGAGGACGAGACACCGACACUGGAGCCCGUAGCUGUACUGAAGAGGCUGCGGAUGGCAACCAGACUAAGUGAUGCCUUCAUUCAGUACUUCCUCCGAAAUUCUGGCUCUGAUUGGCCUGAAAUGAAUUCUAACAUCUCCUCUUACAUUAGAAUGGCAGUGGAUCACAAGGUGGACAGAGACGCCAGAGAAGAAGGGGUGGUUUUGACUGCUGAUGGCACCACUGUUGCUCUUAAACCGGUCCUCUUGGGCAUAGAGGCUGGCCUCCUCUCCACAACCGCAGGGCGCGCUCGGGGUCUGUACCAGCUUACUUUGGCCAAAGACCUCGGCCUUUCGCUCAGGCAAGCCCGUGGCUCUGCUUCCUCACGGCGUCUAGGACGUGAUGGCUGCUGGGAUAGUGUAAUCGCUCCUCGAGUGUUCAGGCUCUCAGAUAAUCCCUCCCUGCUCACAACCGCUCAGAUCAAUGGAGGCAUGGAUGGGUUCAUUCUUGGACUGGAGGUCUCUGUCAAACCCAAACGUCCUCUUAAGCUCAGCAGUCUGUUGGCAGCAUAUUACUCCCACUGCCUGGAAAAUAAGGCUCUGGAUUCAGCGCCACGCCUCAUCAGCCGGAACCGCAGGGAGAACUUCAGAAGGCUGGUUGUCCUUCAACUGCUGGCCAGACAGGUGAUAAAAUCAGUGGAGCUGCACCGCAGAGUGCAGGGGCACCCUAAGAUCAACGCAAAGGAAAAGAAGCAGCUAAUGACUGUGGCGAAGGAAGGAAUGAAGGAGUUCACCCAUAUGUUCAUGGAUUGUCCAGCCAUCAUCCCGCGAUGUAUGUGGGGAGCUCGGCCGUACAAAGGAACUCCCACCAACUUGUCCCUCCCUCUCUCUUUCAUGUACAUCCACCACACCGUCACACCGAGCAAACCCUGUCUGACCUUCGAACAGUGCUCUGAAGGCAUGCGCUCCAUGCAGCACUUCCACCAGGAUGACAGAGGCUGGGAUGACAUCGGAUACAGCUUUGUAGCCGGUUCUGAUGGGUACAUCUACGAGGGUCGAGGCUGGCACUGGCAAGGAGCUCACACACUUGGACACAACUCCGUAGGCUACGGGGUUUCCUUUAUUGGAGACUACUCGACCACAUUGCCAUCCCAGAAUUCCAUGCUGCUGGUGAGAGAUCGCUUGGCUUCCUGUGCUGUUGGUGGCGGUCGAUUAAUGGCCAAUUUCACCCUGCAAGGCCACAGGCAGGUAGUGAGCACGUCAUGUCCUGGAGAUGCUCUGUAUGAUGAGAUCAGAGGCUGGGAGCACUUUGGGGAAGUCAAGAAAUGAAAAUGAAGUGAGCAAAUGAAGAUUGCUGGAGAAACUGAAACUUAACCAAAUAAAUCAGUUUCCUUAUAUUUGCCAGUGGCUUCCCACUCUGUUUUAGUCACUGAAUUUUUACCUCUACACAAUAAAAUUAAUCAGAUUUGCAUAAAUGUGAUGGGAGAGUGGGCGGCACGGUGGCUUAGUGGUCACUACUGUUGCCUCACAGAAAGAAAGACCCGGGUUUGCUUCCAACUUGGUCCUGUGGAUUUGUGUGGGUUCCCUCCAGGUCUUCUGGCUUUUUCCCACUUCCAAAGACAUGCAAUCCAGGUGGAUUGGUGACUCUAAAUUGACCGUAGGUGUGAGUGAGAGUGUGCAUGAGUUUGUCGGUCUGUAUGUGUUGACCUUGUGAUAGACUGGCACCCUGUCUGGAAUGUACUGCGCCUCUGACCGCUGGGAUAAUCUUCAGCUCCCACCCUUAACUGGAAUAAGUAGGUGUAGAAAAUGAGUGAAUGAGUGACAGGAAAGAAAGAAUCAAGCCUGGAACAGUUUUUAUAGAAUUUACAAUGUUUAGGAAAUUAAAAAAAGAAUGUUUCAAAAAUUAAUUUUUGUUUGUAACUUUUAUUUUUUUUUUAUUGUAUGCUUUGUUGAUUUUUGUCAUUGGUAGUAUGAUCAAAGCAGAUGGUGGCCCCUGUGAGUCUGGUCUGCUUGAGGUUUCUUCCUGCAAUGAAAAAAUGCCAGAGGGAGUUUUUUUUUUCUUACCACUUUUGCCUACACAGUAAAUUUUGCUGAGUAAAAUUUACUCUGCUGGGAUAACAUUUGAUCCCAGUCUAAAUAGAGUAAAAUACACUCUAUUAUAGAGUGAAAUCAACUCUACGGUCUUGUCAAAUCAACUGUUUUUACUCCAAUAACAGUUGGUUUUACACUGUGAUAGAGUUGGUUUAGCACGGUGAUAGAGUAUGUUUAACUCUAUUUGGACUGGGACCAAAAGUUAUCCCAGCAGAGUAAAUUUUACUCUGCAAAAUUUACUGUGUAUGUGCUUGCUCUGGAGGGUGGGGGGGGUGGACCUUAAUCUAAUAAAGGCCCAUUUGGGGUGACGUGUGUUGAUUUGGCACUAUAUAAAUAAACUGGUAAAGGUGCACUUUUUAAAAAAAAUAUCUUGUAAUAACAUUAAUUUUAAAAGCUGAGUGUGACGUCAAUAAACUGUACAAACAUU